CAUGAGCAGCGUGCCUGAUCUUCGGUUGGCCGACCAAAGAACUCAUGUGGACUUAUGUGGAUAAGCAUCCCCAAGCAAUACUAUGAAACAUGCAGCUCUCCAUGCUUGAAUCGGCCGUCCUACUAGUUUAGUCGUGGAUAAGCGCCCCAGAGCCCAGCAUCACAAACAUAUAUAUGAGUCCCCCAAUUUUCCAACCACUCGCUCCUGCUCUUCCAGACACAAUAAUCUCUCAAACACAGUCACAACACCAAAAUGGCCCCCUCCGCAGUCCCCGAGAACACGACAGCCGUCGCCCCGGAAUCUAUCCAGAAUCCCGCCGUGGCUCGCACCGGCGACCUCUUCUCUCUCAGCAACCGCACGGUCGUGAUCACCGGCGGCGGUCGCGGACUCGGAAUCGUCCUUGCAGCAGCCGUCCUCGAAGCCGGCGGAGAUGUCGCAUGUCUGGACCUCCUGCCCACGCCCAGCGCCGAGGAAUGGGCCACCGUGCAGAAGCUGGCUUCCGCGCGUGGACUGCAAGCCACAUACACGCAGUGUGACAUCACCAACGAGGAGCUGACGAAGGACGCGCUUGAGAAGAUCGCUGCCGAGGGUCUGAAGCGGAACAUGCCCUUGCGGGGCGCGAUCACCUGCGCGGGAAUUCAGCAGAUGGUGCCGGCGCUGGACUACCCGAUCGACGGAUGGAGGAAGAUGCUGGAUGUCAACGUCAUCGGAACCUUCAUCCCGGCCAAGCACUGCGCACGCAUCUUCAAGGAGCAGAACACCCCCGGAAGUAUCGUGAUGAUCGCUUCGAUGUCGGGCCAGAUCGCCAACCGCGGCCUGACAUGUACCGCCUACAACUCGUCCAAGGCGGCCGUUCACCAGAUGUGUCGCUCUGUGGCUCAGGAAUGGGGCCAGUACGGUAUUCGUGUGAACACGCUGUCUGCUGGUUACAUCCGUACUGCUAUGACCGAUGCGCUCCUCAAGGAAAAGCCGGAGGUCGAGGAGACUUGGAUGCGUGGUGCCCUGCUCGGCCGCUUGGGUGUUCCCGAGGACUUCAAGGCGCCCACAGUUUACAUGCUCGCUGAUGGCAGCGGCUGGAUGACUGGAACGGACUUGAGGGUCGAUGGUGGUCACUGUGCUUCUGCUUAAUGAUUCAUGAGGUCUUGCGAAGAUGGCAUGGUUCGGCGUUUUUAUAUGGGUUAUACAUUAC